UGCGAGCCGAACCCACGGCGGUGGGCCAGGUCAGCCGAUGGUCGGCGCGCUCGAGCGCCUGAGACCCCCCUCGCCAUGCGGAGGAGAGCCCCCCAAGAAAGGCGCUGACUCGGCCUCCCAGAAGCCGGGCAUGAGCAAGUCGGCGGGCGGGGACGCGGCCGGCGGCGGGGACCGACCCGAUGGCUCGCUCCAGCGCAACGGCGCGCGCGAGCGGGCGGCCAGCGAGGCCGGCGAGGCGUUCCCCAGUUCGGUGGCCCUGCGCCAGCAGUCGCGCUCCAUGAGCUCGCUGCCGCCCGAGGCAUUCACCAUCAUGCGUAGCAAGGCGCUCAACACGCGCGUCAUCAUCAACGUGGGCGGCAUGCGGCAUGAGGUGCUCUGGUCGACACUGGAGCGGCUGCCUCACACCCGCCUCGGCCGGCUCAAGGAGUGCAACACGCAUGACGCCAUUAUGGAGAUCUGCGACGAGUACUCGCUGGUGGACAACGAGUACUUCUUCGACCGGCACCCGCGCUCCUUCAGCAGCAUCCUCAACUUCUACCGCACGGGCAAGCUGCACCUGGUGGAGGAGAUGUGCGUGAUGGCUUUCGGUGAGGACCUCGAGUACUGGGGCAUCGACGAGCUGUACCUCGAGUCGUGCUGCCAGCACAAGUACCACCAGCGGCGCGAGCACGUACACGAGGAGAUGCGCAAGGAGGCGGACUCGCUCAAGACGAGCGACGAGGAGGAGUUCGGGUCGGGCCGCUGCGCGCAGUACCAGAAGUUCCUCUGGGACCUGAUGGAGAAGCCGACCACAUCGCUGGGUGCCCGGAUACUGGCCAUUAUAUCCAUACUUUUCAUCGUUCUCUCAACCACAGCGCUAGUGUUGAACACUUUGCCGACGCUGCAAAACAAGGAGGGUGGCGAUAAUCAGUACCUCGCACAGGUGGAGAUCGUGUGCAUUACGUGGUUCACGCUUGAGUAUCUAUUGCGCUUUGCCGCCUCUCCGAACAAGUGGCAGUUCUUCAAGGGUGCCAUGAACAUCAUAGACUUGUUGGCUAUCAUGCCGUUCUACGUGUCUCUCUUUCUCCUCGAGUCUAACAAGAAAGAGUCGCAGUUUGAAGACGUUCGCCGGGUCGUACAAAUUUUCCGCAUCAUGAGGAUACUGCGAAUCCUCAAGCUAGCGCGCCAUUCCACCGGCCUACAGAGCCUGGGCUUCACCCUGCGCAACUCCUACAAGGAGCUCGGACUCCUGCUCAUGUUCCUGGCCAUCACCGUUUUGAUAUUCUCGAGCCUGUGCUACUUCGCGGAGAAGGAGGCAAAGAACACUGCGUACACGAGCAUUCCGGAGACAUUCUGGUGGGCCAUCAUCACGAUGACCACGGUCGGGUACGGCGACAUGCACCCGCACACCGCGCUGGGCAAGAUGAUCGGCGCCGUGUGCGCCAUCUGCGGCGUGCUGGUCAUUGCACUGCCCAUCCCCAUCAUCGUCAACAACUUCGCCGAGUUCUACAAGAACCAAAUGCGCCGCGAGAAGGCAAUGAAGCGUCGCGAGGCCCUCGAACGCGCCAAGCGCGAGGGCAGCAUCGUCAGCUUUCAUGACGUCAACCUGCGCGACGCCUUCGCCAAGUCCAUGGACAUCAUCGACGUCAUCGUGGACACAGGGCAUAACAUGAGCAUCGGUGAGGGUAGCGUCACCAACAGCACCAAGGGCGACACGGGCACUGGCUGCUUCCGAAACCACGAGCACGUCAUCAACAAGCUCACAGCCAGGAAGAACAGCCAAGGGCUGGUGGCGCCCGGCUCACCCAAUCCCGGCGAGCGCGAACCGGCCGACUCGGGCGCCGAGGGCGUGGCCAACACGCUCAACUCGCCGCGGCCCGCGGCUUCACCCCGAAAUUGGACGCGGUUAGCCAAGGACAGGCCGAAAAAGGAGCGGCGCGCGACCAAACGCGUUUCUGUAGAAUGUUGCUUUUGCACCUGCGGGAAGGACUUUCUGGAGCCGGCCGGGCCGCGCCGCCAGAGCUCCGAGCCGAGCCGCUCCGCCGCCGCACCCAUCGAGCUCCAGGCGCUCUCGCAGACCAACCUGGACCUGCUCAGUCUGGAGAGCAGUGACACCUUCACCAGCUGCCCCACGCACCCGUUCCCCUCCGAGGGCGACCUCACUGCCGACAGCAACCUCUACGUCAACCCGCUGGACGGCGACGGGCCGGUGGCGCACCGCGAGAGCCCGCGUUGUUCGCCGCGGCGCCGGCCGCGCAUAGCCAGCGCCGGCGACCCGCCGCCGCCAGAGGGUGCCGCCAGUCAGCAGGGCUCGCCGAUGCUCAAGCACCGUCGGGCCCGCUUCCAGGAGGUAGGUGUGCCAGCGAGCGCGGGUGGGGCGGACCGGAUGGGGCGUUAGACGGCGCCGACGGUACCUGGAGCGUCAGGCUUUGGCUGGAUGAUGUCUGGAGUAUUCGCCUUGAUGAUGAAUGUCACUUGGUCUGGAUAUAACAUGGGGAUGUG